CUCUCUCUCAUUGAAUUUCGACAGUAAAUAAAGCAUACAGCCUUCUCUCCGCUUUGCUUCCACGAAACCUCACUCCUCCUCCUCCGCCACCUCCUACUACUCUUGCUGCCACCGCCAUCAAACGAAGGGAAAAAGCAAAGCAAAGCAAAGAAAAGGAAGGAAAAGAAAGAAAAGCUCCCAAUCCCUUCACCUCCUCCUCCUCUUAUUAUCUCUUAUCUUUUCUUUUUUAUUGACUCUCUCUCGCCGCUUUUGCCCACUAUAUAUAACGCUUGGUCCAAGCCCCAAUCUCUCUCUCAGCCCAUCUAUUAUUUAUAUUUACCACCGCUUCUAACGCUGGCUCUCCCAACCAUGGAAGCCUUCACCUUGCUGAAAUUCUGGCGGAUUUCCCCACCCAGUGAUCGUUCCGCCGGCUACGAUAACACCACCACUGCCAGUACUACUACCGCCGGUGCAGCAAGUGCGGCGCUGGAUCCCGACGAGGAAGACUCUUUCUUCGAUUUGGAUUUCGACGUGCCUGGCCCUUACGGCGAGGAGAAAAAGAACUCCAAAGAUGCGAACAUCAACAGCUUUGACAGUGACGAAGAGGAUGUUGAUCAUGACUUGGCUAAGACGGAUGGUGAGGUCCGGUCUGGUUUCGUGGAGUCUCCCAAUGAUGUGUUCUACAAAGACGGAGAGUCGAGUUCGAAGCCUUUGUCGCCGAUAUCGUUUCUGAGAUCUCCGCCCAAGUUCCGAGUGUUUAUGCUGUUCAGGAAGCCGAAAUUGGAGAAACCGGAGGCCGCUUCCGAUGCAUUGCCGUCGCCGCCGUCUCCGAAGCAGCCGCACCAGCAGAGCAAGCGUUUCGGCGCCAAAUGUAAGGUUGAGGAGGUGCCGAUUUUCUCAUUGCUGUCGAGAGCGAACAGUUCGAGAAGCAAACUACAGAGGCAGAGCUCUGACGACGCUUCGUCGAAGCGAUUCUCGAAGGAUGCGGUCCAGAAGUAUCUGAAACUCAUCAACAUCAAGCCUCUCUACGUCAGAGUUUCCAAGAGGUACACCGACAAGCUGAAGCUCUCAGACGACUUCGCGACAUCCUCUCCGACAUCAUCGCCUGCGACCUCGGCACCGCUUCGUGCGGGGUCGAAGCAUCUUGGGAAGAGCCGGUCGGCGUCGUCUGCAUCCGGUGUCCUUCCGCCGCCGGCUAGGAGAGACGAUUCGCUGCAACUGCAGCACGACGGGAUCCAGAGCGCCAUUCUUCACUGCAAGAGAUCAUACAACUCCAGAGAUUUCUGCGUGCUGUCGCGAUCCUCGAGCCAUCCUUCCCGCGAGACGGACCUGAGUCAAUACAGAUCUUCCUCACAUCAGGAAGACAAGAAAAGAAGUAGCAUCUAACCCUCUGUUGCUUCACAUUUUGAAAAAGAAAACAAAACAGAAAAAUGCUGAAAAAAAUGUUUGUCCAAAUCUGAAUCAAUUACUAAUAGCAGUGGUGACGAUGAAUGUUUAGAGGAGAGACAGUUUGCUCUGUUUUGUGUGUAAUUUCUAUAUAUGCUUAAUGUAAAAAGUAUGUAACUACUCUUUUUGCAAUUUUUGGGGUUUCUUUGGAGUGGUGGCAGAGAGAGAGAGAGAGAGAGAGAGAGAGAGAGUAGGGGAGAGAGGAGUGAAGGAGCUAUCUGUAAAGUGACUGAUCAGAUAUUAUCAUAUCAAUUGGGAAACUGAGAAAGAAAUGAUUAUUGAGAUCUUUCUUGUGCAGCUGUGAGUACUGGUUUGCCAUCAAUUAACCCUUUGAACACCAAAAGUAUUUCGUUCAAAUCAAAUCUAUCAUCACUUCCUCCUGCGUAAAGAUUCCAAAACCUGUACAACUCUACUGUCACCCACCUCUUCUGAUCCCUCUAUCCCCAUCAAUUAUUAUAAUCCCGAAAAUAAAACAAAAUUGCGACGAGUUCGUACAGAAGCCUAGACAAAAUUAAGGGCUAUUUUUUCGAAAUCGUUACUGGUUGUGUUGUGUGGAGUAAAUCCUCUCCAAAGUUAAAAGUAAAGGUCGAAGCUAACUUAUGGAUUUAUAGUACUAAUUAAUACAUUUAAGAUUUUCCUCAAUUUUAAUUUUUGGUGAUAUUCGUUAGCUGUUUUUUUGGCCCAUGUCAUUUGUAAUAUUACUAAUUUUUACUAAAAAUAGGUGAUUUAUAAAACCAAGUAAAAUCUCGGAGAAAUUCCAGUAAAGCAUUGAGGUGGGUUGCUCUUUGGUG